AUAAGCACCCAAUUAAUCAGCCUGUCACUAAAUCACAUUUACUGUUUGUUACAGCAUGAAUGCAGCAGCAUAUGAUAUGAAACAGAAACCGUGUGCACGACUGAGGGUUCACACCUGAAUCCACAUCUCAAGGCUGCCAUUUUCUACAUGGUUUUUGCACUUGGCCUCAUUGGUAACAUCACCGUCUUAUGGGUCCUCUUGAAAAUCAUGCAUGUGAAAAAUAUGUGAAUUUAUGUGUCUUAAGCUGUAGAUAAAAGUCACAUACAGCUUGGAUGGCCCGAGGAAAGUAAAUUGACAGCAAAUUUUCAUUUUUGGAUGAACUAUCCAUUUAAACCUCUUUACGACAGUCAUUUUAUGUCUACAGCACAGUCAUCUGCAGCUGAUAUUCCUCUUAAUAAAUCUCUUUCUUUAGCAAGGCACAUAUAAUUCAUUUAACAAGAGUCAAGAGUUAAGUGCAACUAUUGUAACCAUAUUACCAUAUAGUGACUUCAUUUUUCUUCAAUAAAACAUCAAGUCAAAGAGAGAUAUAAUGUGCUCUUUUAUUUGUAGCUGAUUCUGUUUAUGGAUGGAUCCCUGACUGAUAUUCUGUAUUUAGCUCAUUUUGGGGGUUUCUGGAUAAAACUGGUGCUGAUAUAGUUUAAGGCUGAUAUUCGGCACCACUGUUAAAGCUUAUUCUGGCCUAAUUCAAGGCUGGUUUGGAGUAAUAUUUGUGUACAGUCGAAUGUGUAGCCUUUCAAAGUAUACUUAAUUUGAUAGCGUGUACUGUAUUUACGCAGGUGGUCGACAUAUGUGCUCUGUAAUGUUAUAUCUUUGUCCAAUGCCUUGCAUUAUUUUUCCCCAGAAAUAAUGAUCAAAAAAUAUCUUUGAAAACGAUUGUCCUCUAAAAUCAUCUAAAAUCUCAUAACCUUCUCUCACACAAGUGCUUGUCAAUGCAGUUGUCUUACAUGGUAACUUGUUUUUGUUUUCAUUCUGUCUCUUUAGUUUAAUUUUCCACUGUGACACUAUGGCCAGGGCUAGUGUUGCCACUUCAUGGAACAACCUCAUGGUAUAAAUGAUGCAUGGUACAGUACAUGUAUACUAUUCUGGAUGAUAACAUGUUAUGCACUGUAUGUGGAAACUCCCAUCCACUUAAAAAACAAGUGUACUUUGGGCUUUAUACAUGUUACCUUUUGGCAAGUGACUUGUCCACAUUUAUGCUAUAGAUGCUAUAGAUAACCUCAAAUGAACUUUGUUGAGAGGAGAUGAAGACUUCAGCAACAUGUCAACAAUUGUAUAUUUAAGCAAGCUCUAUUUAAAUAUUGAAGCUAUACUUCAAAUGUGGAAAUCUAGUUAUAUUUUUGUAAAAUGUUUUAAAUUUGAUACUAUUAAGUCUAACACAUCUGUGUUUUUACACACUGUUUAAGCCUAAAUAGUCUGAAGAAAUAGAAAACUUUGAUUUAAACUUUUCCAAGGCCAAGGCAAAAAAGAAACCCACAAAAGUGCAAAGACAAACCAUCCCUGCUAUUGGCUUCAUGUUUUCUGUUUUAGUGUCUUACUCAUUCAGAUGGUGCACAUCCAAAUCAUUGUUAUUUAAUGAUAAAACAUUUGAAGAAAACCAGAGUCCCUCUUACUAUACAAUGUUUCUGGUUAUUCAGACGGAUAUCUUUUUUUAAAGUACAAGUGGUUGGGUGUGUGCAGAGCGUGUAAAACCACAUAACACAUUGCUUAGCCGUUCUGAGUACACAUGCAAAGCUGAGCUUGUUUUUCUUUAAACUGGUUAUUUAUUGGCACAUUUUAUUAUUGUUAUUAUUGCACCAUUAAAGCACUAUGAAGUUCAUAUUGCAGUAUUACAACAUUUGCAAAUAAAAAGACAGAACAUGAAAGUGACGUGAUAUACAGCCAAGUAUGGUGACCCAUACUCGGAAUUCGUGCUCUGCUUUUAACCCAUCCAAAGUGCACACACCUACAAUUCCUGCCAGCCCGAGACUCAAGCUCACAACCCUUUGUUUGCGAGUCUGACUCUCUAACCAUUAGGCCACGACUUCCCACAUAGAUGUAUAGCAAUGUCAUUUCCUCUAAACUGUAGUCGAAAAAUGGUGGGAGCCAAUAGACACAUUGCUGUUGCAGGCAACAUGAAAGUAUAUCUGCAAUCUGCAGCCCCAUACCCCAAUUUAACUAUUCAGGAAGUACCAUAAACCAAUAGCCUUAGAAAAAAAAAAAAAAAAAAAAAAAAAAACACCUAUAACAGAUCAUGCUUUUUUGACUGAUCUCAUAUGGUAUGAUCUCAACUUCACAAGGUCAGGGGGCAAGAUCACUUUGAACUCUUGUACUUUCACCUCUGGGUUUCUGAUUAUGAAUUCUACAGCUGCGUUGCUGAGUGUGGGUCAGCAGACGAUGGAAGCCACACCAUUUUCCAGUGAGGAUGGAUACUCUACAAAUGAUACAACUGCUGAUACAACUACAGGGGACUAUUAUGGAUACUAUAAAACUACAGGGGACUAUUAUGGAUACUAUAAUGAUGACAUUGUUUCAAAUUCCUGUAUUUAUGGUGAUCAUGGAGCUAGCAUUCUUCCUGUGUUGUACUCUCUGUUUUUUGUGGUGGGCUUUCUGGGUAACAUACUGGUGGUCUGGGUGGUUUUGAUGGGUGUGAAGCUGAGAAGUAUGACUGACAUCUGUCUUCUGAACCUGGCUAUUGCUGACCUGCUCUUAAUCUCCUCCCUCCCCUUCCUGGCACACAGUGCCAGAGACCAGUGGAUUUUUGGAGAUUUUAUGUGCACUAUGGUCCUCAGUGUCUACCACAUUGGAUUCUAUAGUGGAAUAUUCUUCAUUGUGCUGAUGAGUAUUGACCGGUACUUGGCUGUAGUUCAUGCUGUGUUUGCCCUGAGAGUCAGAACAAGGACAUAUGGGAUCUUAGCCAGUGUGGUCAUAUGGAUUAUUGCCGUUUCUGCAUCCUUUCCUGAGCUGAUAUACCUUAAAACCACAGAACACAACAAAACAAAAAUAUGCAUGUCUUAUCAAUCAAAUGAUAAAGAUUCUUAUAGUACUACAAAGAUAAUUGGUAUCUUUAAAAUGAACAUCAUUGGUUUAUUUUUUCCACUUUUAGCGAUUGGAUUUUGUUACUUGAUGAUCUUAAAGAGACUCCUGUCAGCUCGCUCCUCCAGGAGGCAGGCCAUGCGUCUUGUCAUCACAGUGAUGGUGGUCUUCUUUUUCUGUUGGGCUCCAUACAAUAUUGCUGCUUUUGUAAAAGCUUUAGAGAUGAUGGAACAUAUAACUGCAUCUUGUGAAGGCAGUAAGGCAAUCCGUCUAAGCCUGCAGUUCACAGAAGCUCUGGCUUACUCACACAGCAGUCUGAAUCCCUUUCUUUAUGUGUUCGUGGGGGAGAAAUUUAGGAAGCAACUUUUUAGACUCCUGAAUAAGACACCCCUUAGUAGAGUGCGGUUCAUAAAAAGUUACAUUGUACAGGCCACAGGAUCUGUUUACUCACAGACCACUAGUGUGGAUGAGAGAUCAAGUACAGCUGUUUGAAUAGAAUAUGUGACCCUGGACCACAAAACCAAAGUGUUAAAUUUUCUUAAGUGUCACAUUUUUGAGAUUCAGAUUUAUACAUAAUCUUAAAGCUAAAUAAAUAAACUUUUUGUUUUGUUUUUGGUUUGUUAGGAUCAGACAAUAUUUGGCCAAGAUACAACUGAAAAACUGAAAAUCUGGAAUCUGAGGGUUCAAAAAAAAGUUAAAAUGCUGAGAAAAUCAUCUUUUAAGUUAUCCAAAUGAAGUUCUUAUCAAUGCAUAUUACUAAUCAAAAAUUGUUUAUAUAUAUUUACAGUAGGAAAUUUACUAAAUAUCUUCACGGAACAUGAAAGCCUCGUA